AUGAUGUACCCGAUGGUACCGACCAACAACAUGUUCCCGGUGAUGGGCGAUGACAUGGGGUUCGUCCCCAAUGGGUACGCAGGGAUGACCAUGGUGCCACCGCCACCACCUUCUCAUGGUGGGGAUUAUACUAUGGAUCUUGAAGCUGAACUGAACCACCUUAAGGAGGAGAAAGCAUGUAUGAAAAUUGAGGAGUUACUAAACAGUUUCAUUGUUUUGUUGAAUAAGACAAUUUUGCUGACCAAGCAACAAAUGCUUGUGGAGAAGAUGAUGGAACUAUCCAAGGAGAACGUGAACCCCAAGAAAGGUGGUUUAUGA